UAUUUUCGUAUUUGGGGUUUACACUGCAGUAUGUAAUUUAUAUAUUUCAAAUGAUCGAAUAUAAUACUAAAAAAGGGCUUUGGAGAGCUUAUGUAAUGUUUGCUUAAAUAUUUAGUGCGUUAUAGUAUUACGAUCGUUGAUUUUACUUUAAAUACGUGGCUAAUUUGUUGAUUCCGUUUUAUAUAUUUAAGAAAUAUAUUUCCUUGUGAAAAAGAUGGUGUUAUAAAUUAAAAUUUAAUUUAAAAGUCACUUCGACACUUCAAAUCAAUUGUCGUACUUGAAUAUAAUACAAGUACUAAAAUACUUGAUGUUAAAAAGAACACGGCAAUACUGAACUUUGACAGUUUCUACUUUUGUUUGUUUUGUAUUUUGUGCCUGUUUCUGAAAUUUGUGCAGAGAAAAAUAAAUUGUUGCAAGAAAAUUAUAUAUAUAAGUACUAUGAAUACACAAAUAAAAAGAAAACGAGCCAGCAACUGGACACGUGAAAUGAAGGAGCUCCUAGUUUCAUGUGUAAGACCCUUCGGUAACAUAAUCGACAGCAAGCUUAACAGCCUGCCUAUGAUUAAGGAAAAAAGUGAGGCUUGGGGCAAAAUUAAAGAAACCUUCCAGGCUAAUGGGCAUCAAUGUUCAAUUAAACAAUUGAGGGAUCAAUGGAAUCGACAAAAACAACUAUCCCGCAAUAAAAUAUCUUUGUUCAAAAGGUCGCAAGGGCAGACUGGUGGUGGAUCUCCUCCCAAAGAGCCCAGUGAAAUGGACUACGAAAUAGAGGAGAUCGCAAAGGAAGAUUUCUUGCAAGAUUUUUCGGCGUACGACUGCGAUGCCGAUUAUGGUUAUGCACAGGAGGAAAUAGAAAACGAAUCACCAAAUAAAGUUAAACCGUUGGAUGGUUUGGUGUUUGAGAAAUUGGAUCUGGAAACACCAACAAAUACAGAUAAAAACAAGAUGGAUAAAGUGACAGCACCGAAAAAACCAGUCGCCAACAGGAAAAGAGCCUUUCCGACCAUUGCUUCAUCAGAAGAGUUGCUCCAGAAGAGGAUAUUGCAAAUAGAAGAUGAAACAAAAUAUAACAAAACUAUAUUACAACUUAAGAAAAAAAAAGAAAGGUUAAAAAUACAAGUGCAAAAGAGGAAACUAUCUCUUCUGAACAUGCAGAUAAGAAACCUUAAAGAAAGUUAUUAAAUAACUUGUCUGCAUAACCAUUUAAUAUUUUUGUUUUUUUGAUUUUUCAUUGUUAUUUUUUUCGAUGUUAUAAUUGUUUUUGAAGUUUUAUUUCUUAAUUUUUUUUUUUGUAGUUUCUGUUUGUUUGUUAUAUAAAACAAGGAGUGAAGGAAAUGUUUAAAUGAAUUUGAAGUCUGAUUUUAUGUUUAUUUAUUAUUUUGUUAUUUAUUGUUAUGUUAUGUUUAUACAAAUAAAAUUGUGAAAAAAGAAUAUUUAUGAAAAAAAAUGUCUUAUGAAUUCGGUUCUAUACCUAGUCCCACGUAAGGUUGUUGUUGAAGGAAAUGUUUCUUCCUCUUCAAGCUCGGAAGUAUCUGGUUCUGAAGAACUCACAAUUAAUGCGGUGUCGUUUAAGAACCCUUGAAGUAAGUUAGAACAUUUUUUAAAUUUAUAUUUUGCUUCUACCCUGAGGCUCCACAAGAGUAAAAUCUAAUCCAACUUCUCUUCCGCAAUCUCAUCCGCAAUCCAGUGUUCAAACAAUUUUUAGAUGGAAAUUUUUUGAAAUAAUUUUUUGAAUUUAAUAGAGUUUACGGAAUCAGUUAGCAGACAUAAAUUAAAACUCCGAACCGUUUGAACCAUUCCAAUCAAGAGAGUAGUUAUGAAAUGACAGUAGUUUGUAUGUAACACUUCCAAGAAUUUCGAUAGA